UCAGGAAGGCUCAGAGGUUACAAGUUUCAGAGCUUCUAAAGUUUGAGUAACAGUAACACGUAGAACCAUGUUCACAGCUCUGAGGGGUUGUCCUCGUCUGCUUUCAACGACUACACGUUGCUUCUCGCUACUACCUCGGCUGCAAUGGGUUAGUCGUGCGUCAGAGGGUCGAGGUUCGAGCCGAACCCCCGACAGAAAAUGCUCUGCCAAACACUUCAACGUGCCUCCCAGCGCCGAGUAUAUUGCGAGGGUUACCGGGAUCCCCACAAUGGCCAAGCUGCCUUACCAGGACACUGCGGACGGUCUCGAUGCAGCCUUCAUUGGGGUCCCGAUUGAUACUGGAACUGCUUACCGACCUGGAGCAAGGUUUGGCCCAAGGCAAAUAAGAAUGGAAUCGGCCGUGCUCAGGUCCUACAACAGCGGUACCAGAGCUGCUCCAUAUGAAUCUCUUGUGGUGGCUGACAUUGGGGACGUCAAUGUGAACGUGUAUGACCUGAAGGACACAUGCAGACGUAUCAGGGAGACCUAUAGAAAGGUGCUGGCCUCUGGCUGCAUUCCCUUGACAAUGGGUGGAGAUCACACAAUUUCUUAUCCGAUCCUACAAGCCGUUGCUGAGAAAUAUGGACCAGUGGGACUUAUCCAUGUGGAUGCUCACCCUGACACCAGUGAUGUGGUCUUGGGGGAAAAGAUUGGCAAUGCGACCCCGUUCAGGCGAUGUGUUGAGGACGGUCUGCUGGACUGCAAGCGAGUGGUGCAAAUCGGCCUGAGAGGUUCAGCUUACUCUGCUGAUUCGUUCGAGUGGAGCCGGGCACAGGGAUUUCGAGUGGUACAAGUGGAGGAAUGCUGGUUCAAAUCUCUGGCACCUCUGAUGGAUGAGGUCCGGAGUCAAAUGGGCAGUGGCCCCGUCUACAUGAGCUUUGACAUUGAUGCUCUUGACCCAAGUUUUGCCCCUGGAACAGGCGUGCCUGAGAUUGCUGGGCUCACUUCUAUUCAAGGAGUUGAGAUUAUUCGAGGAUGCCGUGGACUGAGCCUUGUGGGAUGCGAUUUGGUCGAGGUGUCCCCACCCUACGACACAACAGGAAACACUGCUGUGACAGCUGUCAACCUCCUCUUUGAAAUGUUGUGCGUCCUCCCAAAUAUGAAAUACUAUUGAUCUUUGACA